AUGGUCGAAUUCGACCCCUCUCCACGAUCAUCCAAGAGGAGACGAACUGGCACCUAUGCUACGAGCCGAACGACCUUGACCGCUACAGAGACAGGCUCUACUAAAACACAUGAUCAUGAAGAAACACCUGGAUAUGAGCCGGUGGCAGAUACCUCACGAACAAAUGUGCAUGAAAAGCCACAGACGACAACAACCCACAUAGCGUCAAGUCCACCCUUACCCAGGAAUGCUGGCAAUGCUGAGCAAAGUACACGAGGAAAGAGAGGAGGUUCUGCACGGAAGCCACUGCAACGACAGGUGGAGGAAUCCAUUGAGGCCGCCGCAGCCGGAAAGCCUGACGAUUGCGAGCGAGAGCAAGAAGAAGUACCGCCAAAUCAAGAACAGGAGGCCGAGACACCGAGUCAAGCAGUCGAUGCUGCAAACACACAGACACGAUCCAGCGGGCGUACUCGCCGUGCUCCCAAGCGCUUCUAUGCAGGAGAAGAGGCCGCCAGUGUGGACAAUCCAACAUCGAAGGGACGCGGGCAGGCCAAAACCGGUUCUAGGAAAGCGUCUCCAGCCCUCCUUUCGCAUGCAGCCCAGUCGCCCCUACCCAAAGGCAUAUUGACACCAUCGAGGAAAGGAAGACGUACGGGCCCCCGGAAAUCGGUCGUCUUUGAUGGAGAUCAAGGGGACAAGGGGAUCGAAGAGCAGUUGGGGUUCAAAGAUAUCACCACCACUUCGAGCAAAAAGAAAGGAGGAACACGUGCAGCAACGAAGGGGACGAAUAUUGAACAAGGAAAAUCAGCGGAGGUCACGUACACAGAGAAAGACGAGGCUGAGAGGGCCACGACACCCAUCGACGUGGAUACAGAUGAUGAUCUUCUCGUCGACCCCACGCCCAACGUGGAUGAGAUCUUGCUACACCCUGCCGGAUUUGCCACCACAGUUGACGACGAAGAAGCCCUAGCAAGCACGGUGGAAGACGAUCCGCACGUUGUCAAGAUCAAGUCCGAGAUCCUAAACCGCCUGACCAACAACCUCCUCAGCCCCAUCGCCCACCUCGAAAAGGAAUACACGACGCUGCACACCCUACUCAGCGCGACCAUCACCGCUGGCGAGUCCAACUCCCUACUCCUCCUUGGCUCACGGGGUUCUGGCAAGACAACCCUCAUGGAACACGCGCUACGAGACCUGACGCGCAAGCACGCCAACGACUUCCACGUUGUGCGGCUCAACGGCUUCUUCCAAACGGACGACAAGCUGGCACUGCGCGAGAUCUGGCGGCAGCUGGGGCGCGAAAUGGCCGUGUCGGAGGACGAGACAGGUGAGGUAUCCAGCUACGCCGACACGAUGACCAGUCUACUCGGCCUACUAUCGCACCCGGAGGAAUUUGACAGCGCGGCCCCAGAUGCCAUGCAGGUCGAUGGCGUCCCCCAGGCCCAGGGUGCCGACAGGAAGACGUCCAAGAGUGUGGUGUUCGUGCUCGACGAGUUCGAUCUCUUCACAUUCCAUCCGCGCCAGACCCUUCUCUAUAACCUCUUCGACAUCGCGCAGGCCAAGAAGGCUCCUAUCGCGGUUGUGGGAUGCAGUACGCGCAUGGACGUCGUGGAUCUCCUUGAGAAACGCGUCAAGAGUCGCUUUAGUCAUCGAUGGUUGCACGUGGCGGCCAUGAAGAGCUUGGUCGCAUUUGAAGAGGCCGUGUGUGCCAUCCUGUCGUUGCCUAUUGAUGGAUCCGAGGCGUUGGGCCUGUCAAUGAGUGAGCUCGAGUGGCGAGGGAGGUGGAAUGCGUUUAUCAAGGACCAUUUCCUUUCCACGACAUCAAUACAGUCGCUCGUCAAGAAGACCUUCUACACCACUAAAUCCAUCUCUGACCUCCUUGGAGCGUUGUACAUCCCUAUCGCCACACUCAACCUCGGUGGUGACGAACACGAUGAAAAUACACUCAACAAAAAUGAAAAAUUUGUCCCAUUAUCAAAGCAACCAUCACUUCUUGCACUCCUUCCACAACUCCCAACCCUGCAUUUGGCCUUGCUAGUCGCUGGUACACGCCUGGAGACGAUCCACAAUCUAACGACCGUAAAUUUCGCACUUGCAUACAGCCAUUAUAGCGAGCUUCUUGCCCGGUCAAAAUUACAACGGUCGGCAUAUUCUACACUUGGUAGUGGGGGUGCAUUUACAGGCGCAGGAAUGCGCCUGUGGAGCAAGGACACAGCGCGCGGGGCCUGGGAAGAUUUGGCGGCAUGGGAUGCAAUCGUCCCUGUAGGUGGAUUGGGUGGCAACAGCACAUCAGUGGGGAAAUUGGGUGAUGAGGGCCUGGGAAGCGAUGGAGUAGGCAGUCGAAUGUUCAGAUUGGACAUUACCAUUGAUGAAAUGGCCUGGGCGAUUAAGCAGAAAUUGGGCACCACUGGCAUAGGCGAUAUGCUGACCAGGUGGUGUAAGGAGGUUUGA